UGGUGGCGGGUAGCAACUCCGGCGCUGAUUGGGCGGCGGUGAAGUCGCUCAAGGAGACAGUACGUUCGGGUGCCCCAGAGUGCUAAAUUUAUCUUCAGACGAGCGACCGCGCCAGCCGCGAAUCGGAUCUCUAUGGAGGUGGCAUAGGCGAUAUCCCUGAGCUGAGAGCAUCGCCCGGCCCCCGGAAUCCUCCUUCCCUCUGUUUUGUUUUUCAUUCCCCCCCCUUCCUCCCUUCCCCCCUCUCCCUUCCAGUCCGCGACGACUGGCUCUUGACCCCGUUCAGGCCUCGGUGAAGGUGAGGACCAGAGCCGCCGCGGCGGCUGAGUGGUGCGCUCUGAAAUGGCCGCUGCCGUGAGCUCUGUAAAAUGGCGGCCGCAGGCGCAGCUGGGGACCGCGGCGCUGCUCUGCAGCCCAGCCGCAGCCGAGACCGUUGUCUCCAUCCCUGACGGAGAUGAAGGAGAAAGAUAGUGUCGGGUGCUGAGACGUUUUCCUGUGGUUGUUAGCCGAGGCGACCGCCCCGGGGACGCGAGGGGAGUUCCGUAGGCGAGGGUGGACUUCCACAGGAAGCCAGCCCCCAGCUGUGGCGGGCAGCGCGCACCUGUGACGAGGAGGAGCCGAGGGAUAGCUGGCCGGGCCGCCCAUCGAGGUGACCGUUUCCGAAAGCACUUGGGUGCUGGACCGGGGUGUCCGUGCCCACCUCCUGCCUCGGCUUUAUGAAUGGACUGCACUCCUACCCAGCCGUCCUGCCCCAGGGGUAUUGUUCAGAGCAGGAACCGCCAGAGGCUGGGGGGCGGGGGUGAAUGGAUGGACCUACCUGUCAGUUUAGCCGGAAGAGACAAAAGAUGAGGGUUCCCCCACCCCUUUUCAGGGAGUCGAAUAGAAACUUUACUCUCUAGGGAGUCCAGUUUCUUUGUCCUCGAGAGAUUCGGGGAAGCACCUCUAAAACAAAGUGGCGCUGAGGCCCUGCAGACAAAGCGUUCCACUCCGUCGUGUCCUUCCCUAGCAGUAAGAGAGAGGGUUCCUAAACUCUGAGGUCACCCAGCGGCCCCGUCGAAGUUCUCUGCAACUAAAGCACAUUUAAGACUGUUGAAGGACAGUCUGCUCUUUUGCUCCCAAUAGUGAAAAUGUAGGGCUUUCUCCUGCUGCCAGUUUGAGACCCUCGACUUUCUGGCAGUUGUAACCCGUCGCUUUUGGUUACUCCCCUUCCACCCUAUCCCUUAAUUUUAUUUUUUUUGAAGAGUCUGCAUUUCAAGCUGCCAAGGUGGAGAGAGUGAUUGCAGAAGGGAGUGCUCCUCAUUUCAGGUAUCUUACCCCUCUAGCUGUUACUAGGAAAACCAUUUUGAUUCAGGAUCUAACAUGAGACUUCAGAGCUUACUCUGAGCCAAAUCAUAAAGUUUAAAUCAAAAGUAGCUAUAUUUAGAUAGACACUAAAUUUGAAUGCCUUAACUUAAAAAGCUCGUAUUCUUUAGAGGUCCUGAAAUUCGCAUUACCCUUCCAUGUAAUUAUGCUUUUAAAAAAACUAUUAUAUGAGGACUAAACCUAUUAAAAUGAGAGUUUAUGUUUUCUUUAGGUCCUCGUUAAGCCUUCAUCUAAAGAAUAAUGGGAUGCAGAGUAAUCAGUAAAAUAUAUGCAUUAUUUUGAAUGAGUCUUAUUUUGGAUAAUAUAAAUAUUUAUGUAAUUUUAAGUCCAGAGAAAUAGUAGCUAACUUUUGGUUUACAUUUUUCAGUGUUAACUUACAGUAUUUAGAUACAACAGAAUUCUGUGUCUUGCAAAACUUUGAACUGUUUGUGUGUUUUUUUGACAUACCUCAUCAGAAUAAUUGCUAGCCCAGAAAGGAGCCUUAAGCUGUAUGACGGUGUCAAUGAUGAAUGUAUCUGAUGGCAGUAGACAUCAGAAAGCUAAAAGAGAUUCCAAAGUACUGUAUACCAUGAAAGGGGUUCGUAAAUUAUGGCCCCAUGCUGUUUUUGUAAAUAGAGAUUUAUGGGAACACAACUGUGCCCAUUCUUUAACAUAUUGUCUAUGGCUGCUGCCAUGCUGCAACUACAAAGUUGAGUAGUUGCAACAGAGACCAUACAGCCCAUCAAGUAAAAAAACAUUUACCGUAUGGUACUUUACAGGAAAAGUUUGCCACCCCUGCCACGGGACCUCAAGGUCCCUUCCUUAAAAAUACAUUUAUAAACUCUUCAUUAUUUCUUAGUCCAGUGGUUCCCAAACUGUGUUUUAUAGAAUAUUAAUGUUAUCUAAGUUAAUAAGCGUUGUGAGAAAAAGAUCAAUGCUAACAAUAGUUUCUUCUUUAUAAUUUAUAUUAAAAUAUAAGUUUAAGACUGCUAAACUCAUUUCUAUAGCUUUUAUUUUUAUGUGAUAAUCUACCUUUAAGAAAAGGUGUGCCAUACCUGAGAGCACCAGGAAGUGGAAUGAGAGAUCACCUGAUACACGAACGUGUGAUGUUCCAUCUGCGCGUUGAUGCAUAGGCAGCAUUUACAAAUUAACUGAUGUGUUGCUAUAUAUCAUCUCUUUGAUGAUUGCUCAUCUUCUAUGUAUCCUGUCUUACAGUUUCAACACAUUUGUGAUACUCAAUGUUUAUUCUAAAUUAACCAUGUUUUGUACCACAAAUUCAUUGCCUAUGGAUCUGUUGCUGAAACAAGGAAGUCUUAAACAAGAAGUAGAAUCUUUUUGUUAUCAAAUUGUGUCUGAAUCAAAUGAUCAAAAGGUUGGAAUAUUACAAAGUGAAGAUGAGCAGUUGCAGCCUUCAGUUUCUAAAAAUUCAGAAGGUGAGCUUUCCAGGGUCAAAUUUAUGUCCAAUUCCAACAAAAUAACAACAUUUAGUAAGAAACCAAAAAGAAGAAAAUAUGAUGAAAGUUAUUUGUCUUUUGGAUUUACUUACUUUGGAAAUAGAGAUGCACCUCAUGCUCAGUGUGUAUUAUGUAAGAAAAUUUUAUCAAAUAGCUCUUUGGCCCCUAGUAAGCUUCGAAGACAUUUGGAAACUAAACAUGCUGCAUAUAAAGACAAAGACAUAAGCUUUUUCAAGCAACAUCUUGAUUCACCUGAAAAUAAUAAACCCCCAGCACCUAAAAUUGUCAAUACAGAUAAUGAAAGUGCUACAGAAGCAUCAUACAAUGUAAGUUACCAUAUAGCCCUGAGUGGAGAGGCUCAUACUAUUGGAGAAUUGCUUAUCAAGCCUUGUGCAAAAGAUGUCGUGAUGCGGAUGUUUGAUGAACAGUAUAGUAAAAAAAUAGAUGCAGUACAACUAUCAAACAGUACUGUUGCACGUCGAAUUAAGGAUCUAGCUGCUGACAUUGAAGAAGAGCUUGUUUGUAGACUGAAAAUUUGUGAUGGGUUUUCACUGCAACUAGACGAAUCAGCUGAUGUUUCAGGACUUGCUGUGCUGCUUGUGUUUGUUCGUUACAGGUUUAAUAAGUCUAUUGAGGAAGACCUACUCUUAUGUGAAUCUUUGCAGAGUAAUGCCACUGGUGAAGAAAUUUUCAAUUGCAUCAACAGUUUUAUGCAGAAACAUGAAAUUGAAUGGGAAAAAUGUGUUGAUGUUUGUAGUGAUGCUUCUAGGGCAAUGGAUGGGAAAAUCGCUGAGGCUGUCACCUUGAUUAAAUAUGUGGCUCCCGAAAGCACCAGUAGUCACUGCCUGUUAUACAGACAUGCACUAGCAGUUAAAACAAUGCCUACAUCUCUGAAAAAUGUGCUAGAUCAGGCCGUACAAAUCAUCAAUUAUAUUAAAGCUCGACCACAUCAAUCCAGACUACUAAAAAUUUUAUGUGAAGAAAUGGGUGCCCAGCACACAGCACUUCUUCUAAACACAGAGGUGAGGUGGCUUUCCCGAGGUAAAGUUCUAGUACGACUUUUUGAGCUUCGUCGUGAACUGUUGGUUUUCAUGGAUUCUGCUUUUCGACUAUCUGAUUGUUUAACAAAUUCAUCUUGGCUGCUAAGACUUGCAUAUCUUGCAGAUAUUUUUACUAAAUUAAAUGAGGUUAAUCUGUCAAUGCAAGGAAAAAAUGUGACAGUUUUUACAGUAUUUGAUAAAAUGUCAUCAUUGUUAAGAAAAUUGGAAUUUUGGGCCUCAUCUGUCGAAGAAGAAAACUUUGAUUGUUUUGCUACACUUAGUGACUUUUUGACUGAAAUUAAUUCUACAGUUGAUAAAGAUAUUUGCGGUGCCAUUGUGCAGCACCUAAGGGGUUUGCGCUGUACUCUGUUAAAAUAUUUUCCUGUAACAAAUGACAAUAAUGCUUGGGUUAGAAAUCCAUUUACAGUUACUGUUAAACCAGUCUCAUUAGUAGCGCGGGACUACGAGAGCCUGAUUGAUUUAACAUCUGAUUCUCAAGUGAAACAAAAUUUCAGUGAACUUUCACUAAAUGAUUUUUGGAGUAGCCUAAUUCAGGAGUACCCAAGUGUUGCAAGACGGGCAGUUCGUGUACUUCUUCCUUUUGCUACAAUGCACCUGUGUGAGACAGGCUUUUCAUAUUAUGCUGCAACAAAAACGAAAUACAGGAAAAGACUUGAUGCUGCACCUCAUAUGCGGAUCCGACUUAGCAACAUUACACCUAAUAUUAAGCGGAUAUGUGAUAAAAAGACACAAAAACACUGUUCUCAUUAAAAUUAGAGGGUUUUGCAUGCCUCUUGAUAACCAAAUAUGAAAUGAAAAUAAAAGAUGGUUUACUUCA